AGGAGGACGAUGAUGAAGGACAAUCAGAGCAGUGUGUCUGAGUUCCUCCUCCUGGGGCUGCCCAUCAGGAUAGGUCAGCAAAGUGUGUUCUUCGCCCUGUUCCUGGGCAUGUACCUGACUACAGUGCUGGGAAAUCUGCUCAUCAUCCUGCUCAUCAAGCUGGACUCCCGCCUGCACACACCCAUGUACUUCUUCCUCAGCCACUUGGCCUUCUCUGAUAUUUCUAUGUCAUCUGUCACUGUUCCUAAGAUGCUAAUGAAUAUGCACACACAGCAACAGUGCAUUCCCUAUGUGGGCUGCAUUUCCCAGUUGUAUUUUUUCUUAGUUUUUGGUGGUCUUGACAAUUUACUUCUUGCCAUCAUGGCAUAUGACAGGUAUGUGGCCAUUUGUCACCCUCUACACUACACCACCAUUGUGAAGAAGGAGCUGUGUGUGCUGCUGGUGGCUGGAUCCUGGAUUAUCUCCUGUGGCAACGCCCUCUUGCACACAGUCCUGAUUGUCCAACUGUCCUUCUGUGCAAACAAUGUCAUCACCCACUUCUUCUGUGAACUCAGUGUGCUCCUGAAGCUCAGCUGCUCAGACAUCUCCCUCAAUGAGCUGGUCAUCUUCACUGAAGGAGGAAUGCUUUUAUUUUUGCCUUUGGCUAUUGUUUUGGGCUCAUAUAUUCGUAUAGGAACCAUCAUUCUGAAGGCUCCCUCUACUAAGAGACUCUUGAAAGCCUUUUCUACCUGUGGCUCCCAUCUCCUUGUGGUGUCUUUAUACUUUGGGACACUUGCUGGUGUUUACUUUUUGUCCUCAUCAUGGGAUUCCAAAGAUAUAACUGCUGCAGUUAUGUAUACAGUAGUUACCCCUAUGCUGAACCCCUUCAUCUACAGCCUGAGAAACAGAGGUAUAAAGCAGGCCUUAGAAUGUUUGUCAACUGGGUUAAAGAAUUUAAUAUGUCAGUGA